UAAAACAGUGUCACGUCAAAGCGCCCUGCCCUCCUUUCUGCCUUUCCAGUUUUCCCAUCAUCUCAUACGGGUGCCAUGGCUUUGACUCCCCCUUCUGCCGUGCGCGCUUUCUCAGGGACGCGAUAAGCUACUGCUGCGUAUCAGAUCAUUCCCGAUCGCUUUUGAUCGUGACGUUGGAUAUAUUAAUUGUUACCGGCGUAACAUCGUUAUUAACGAUGACUCGUGCUGCUGUGCGCGUUCCCAGGCAACCCCGGUCAUGAACGCGCACUGAACGCGCUCACUCGCCGCGUUUCAUUUCUUCUGUUAGAGCCGGUGAACAUUAUUGACUAUGGAAAGCUGAGCCUCGUGCAUUCAUACACCGAAUACAGUAACUCAAAGGUCAUUCAGAGCAACGAAAGGAUUUUAUUUGCACCACAUUCGUGGUUCUCGACAAGGUCUAGGCCAUGGGUGGAACCAAGAGUAAACCCAAAGAGCUCGGCCAGCGCUCCCGGAGUCUAGACGACGGCACUGGAGGUCACCAUCACAGUCCCAAGCAGUCGUCCUUCACACCCAACCGGAGUCCACCGGUGGACGGUACCAGACGCGGCACCCAGCCCAACAUCAUCAAUGCUCAGCAGGCGCUGUUUGGAGGAGUGAACUCGAACAACAGCAUCACGUCUCCUCACAGGGUCGGCACGCUUUCCGGCGGCGUGACCACAUUUGUGGCUUUGUAUGACUACGAGUCACGAACCGCCUCUGAUUUGUCAUUCAGGAAAGGAGAACGACUCCAGAUUGUCAAUAACACGGAGGGCGACUGGUGGCUGGCUCGCUCGCUGACGACAGGAGAGAGGGGAUACAUUCCCAGCAAUUACGUGGCACCGUCUGAUUCCAUCCAGGCUGAAGAAUGGUACUUUGGAAAGAUCACACGCAGGGACUCCGAGCGCCUCCUCUUGAGUCUGGAAAACAGGAGAGGAACUUUCCUGGUCAGAGAGAGUGAGACAACCAAAGGUGCCUACUGUCUUUCUGUCCUGGAUUACGACAACGUCAAGGGCCUAAAUGUCAAACAUUACAAGAUCAGGAAGCUGGACAGCGGGGGAUUUUACAUCACGUCGCGCACACAGUUCAGUACUUUACAGCAGCUGGUCAACCAUUACCGCCAGCACGCAGACGGCCUGUGUCACUGUCUGACUGACGUGUGUCCAGUGCUGAAGCCUCAGACUCAAGGCCUGGCACGGGACGCCUGGGAGAUCCCACGGGACUCUCUGAGACUGGACGUCAAGCUGGGCCAGGGCUGCUUCGGAGAGGUCUGGAUGGGCACUUGGAACGGCACGACACGCGUGGCCAUCAAGACUCUGAAGCCUGGCACUAUGUCUCCUGAGGCCUUCCUGCAGGAAGCACAGGUGAUGAAGAAACUCCGGCACGAGAAGCUGGUGCAGCUUUACGCUGUCGUCUCAGAGGAGCCCAUUUACAUCGUCACUGAGUACAUGGGACAAGGAAGUCUGUUGGAUUUCCUGAAGGGUGACAUGGGGAAAAUGCUGCGGUUGCCUCAGCUUGUGGAUAUGGCCUCUCAGAUCGCCUCUGGAAUGGCGUACGUGGAAAGAAUGAACUAUGUGCACAGGGACCUCAGGGCUGCCAACAUCCUGGUGGGUGAUAACCUGGUGUGUAAAGUGGCUGACUUUGGCCUCGCUCGACUCAUAGAGGACAAUGAAUACACGGCCAGACAGGGAGCCAAGUUUCCCAUCAAGUGGACUGCGCCAGAGGCUGCGCUUUACGGCCGCUUCACCAUCAAAUCUGACGUGUGGUCGUUUGGGGUCUUACUGACGGAGCUGACGACCAAAGGCAGGGUGCCUUAUCCAGGUAUGGUGAACCGGGAGGUGCUGGACCAGGUGGAGCGCGGCUACAGGAUGCCCUGUCCCGCCGAGUGCCCCGAAUCCCUGCAUGAGCUGAUGCUGACCUGCUGGCGCAAGGAGCCCGAAGAGCGGCCCACCUUUGAAUACCUCCAGAGCUUCCUGGAAGACUACUUCACCUCUACUGAACCACAGUACCAGCCGGGCGAGAACCUCUAGAGAUGCAGAUCCAGUCAAGUGUGAGAGCAGCGAAAAGGAUAUCAUUUCCCUGACCGGGAAAACGAACGCGGGAUGUUUGUGGCAUAACCCAACCAAUACUGAUCCACACGUGACGACAACGUCGCAUCCAGCUAAAUCAGCCCAUUUAAAGAAACUUACUGGGUUUUCACAUGGUCUCAAGUGUUACAGCAUUAUAAUCGCAUGUUUCUCCACUUUCAUCGCAGAUGAGCUGCAAACAGCAAGACAAGAUGCAUCUUUUCUGCA